AUGGGAAACAAUGGUUCAACUCUACACAAGACUAACUCUCUUAUAUUCUCACAUACUAUCGAUGUAUCAGAGAAACCUAUCUUUACUACUUUACAAGAUGGAUUUCCUCAACCAUCUUUCACUAAUCAUGUCAGCUCUUCUAGAGACAUAUUGGACUGCCCCAUUGAUGUCAUUUCAACUCCAAGCACUGCUGAAAUGAUCACACGAAGUACACCACUCCCUUCCCAAAAGUCUAAGCUCUUUAAAAAGCAUUUCAAUACUAAAAGAGUAAAACAACUGCCGAUCAUAUCAAAGUCGGUUGACUCUUUGGCGCAUUUGGACUAUUCUGUACUUUGCCCAACUACUGAAAGACUUUCUAAUUUGGUACACUUGGAAACUCCUCAAGUCAUUUAUAACAGUGAAAUAGAUGGACUUUCUGCAAGAGAAUUCAACAGCAAAGUCUUUGGAAAAGGAAAUGUGAUGGUGUUGGUCACACUUAAAACAGGGGAGACCUUCGGUUGUUACCAAAAAUGCCCAAUGUCCUUCGAGCAGAAGUUCUCGAACGAAACGUUCUUUGUGUUUAACACGACCAAUUACAUUCCACUGAAAAGAAAAAUUGAAAAUAAUGCUCCAGAGACUAUUCUGCACCAAAAUAAUGAACCAAAAAUGGUGUUCACGUGUAAUGGAGCUUUCUGGGUCGUGUCAGACUCUUUGGUAUUCUUUCACCCGGCUAUUAAAUCACUCUUCGGCGGUUCAACUAAAAUUGGUAACCCACUUUGCUCGGCUUCUUUAUACCACGAGGCACAACUUGAGUCUCUUAUUGUUGUCCAAUGGGUUUAA